UAAUAUUAUUGUAUUUUUGAAUCUUAAAAAUUAAAAUUAAAAUAUAGCAAAACCAGAGCGACUUGAAACAUAAUUUUAUCUAAAUUUUCUAUUGCGAAUCCAAAAAGUUUUAACUUUAGAGCACAGCAGUCAAAACUAACGCAAAGUUUUGUUUUUGUUUUUAUUUUAUUUUAUUUUUAAUUUUUUCAAUCAAAUCCCUUUCUGGCCAGAACGAGCACCGCUACCGCUAGCUCAUUCACCCAGCAAUAAUAGUUGUGUUUUUCCACAUUUAAAUACAUAAAAUCAGAGCCCCUAAUUCAAUUAAACAUCAUUUUUCUUUCCCCAGUUUUUCAAUUUCAGGCACUAAGGGUUCAUACUGUUAGGGGCUCUGAUUGGGAGCUGUUACAAUGUAUCGACCUGUGGCUACAGCUGCAGCCACGGGUGGAGUCCCAACUGACAAUGGGGACUAUGUUGUGACUUUGGAUCAAGUCCCACGGUGGAAUGAUGCAGAGAUUAGGUCUUCCUUGGAGUAUGAGAAUGAAGAUCCUUCAUUUUCAAAAUCCUUUUUAUCCGACCCCUUAACCUCUCAUGGGGAGGAGAGUGGAACUAAUGGGUUGGCGUCGAGGUUUCCUGUCGAUCAUGAAAUAAACUCAAAGAUAUACUUGUGGAGGGGCCAGCCGUGGAACCUUGAGGUUGAUGCUGUUGUUAAUUCUACAAAUGAGAACAUGGAUGAAGUACACAGUAGCCAAGGUUUGCAUGCAGCAGCUGGGCCUGGUCUUGCAGAAGAAUGCGCGACGUUGGGUGGCUGCAGAACAGGGAUGGCCAAAGUUACUAAUGCAUAUGAUCUUCCUGCUAGGAGAGUUAUCCAUACUGUUGGUCCCAAGUAUGCAGUAAAGUAUCAUAGUGCUGCGGAGAAUGCUCUGAGUCAUUGUUAUCGAUCUUGCCUUGAACUUCUUAUUGAAAAUGGUCUUCGGAGUAUUGCUAUGGGCUGUAUAUACACAGAGGCUAAAAACUACCCCCGUGAACCAGCUGCACAUGUGGCUAUAAGGACUGUUCGCCGAUUGCUUGAAAAGCAGAAAGAUAAAAUAACUGCUGUUGUCUUUUGUACUAGCACAUCGUCUGAUACUGAGAUCUAUAAGAGAUUACUUCCACUUUACCUUCCUCGAGAUAAGCAUGAGGAGGCGGUGGCCAUAUCUAAGCUUCCUGCUGAUGUUGGGGAUGAAAAUGGUGAGACUAUCAUUCAUGAGCGUAAAAUCAGAAUAAAGCCAUUGCCCAAAAAGGUCAUCCCAAAGCCUUCCCAAUCUCCAGCUGAAGUCCCUGCUAGUGAUGUAGGUUUGGUACAAAGGUCAGUCCCUGUGCAGAUAUUGGAAUAUAGAAACUCAAGUUACUUAGAUACAUAUUUGGAUCCUGCUUUCAUGUCCCUGAUGAAAGAUCCAGACCAGAGACGCCAGGAACAAUGGGAAAAAACUGCUCAAGCCCAAGGUGGUUGGAAUUGUGCUAAGAUGCUUGGUUUUGGUGACAUAGGUGGGCCUCCAUUAUCUGCUGCAGAAGAAUACUCACUUCACUCCAGAUAUCUUGCUAAGGCAAAUUCUCUUAAUCUUUCUGAAAUUGCAGAGAUGAAAAUUCUUUAUCGCGGGGGAGUGGACAGUGAAGGUCGCCCUGUUAUGGUUGUUGUUGGAGCACAUUUUCUGCUGCGGUGUCUUGAGCUUGAGCGUUUCAUUCUCUAUGUUGUAAAGGAAUUUGAACCUUUGAUACAGAAGCCUUAUACUAUUGUAUACUUCCACUCUGCAGCAUCAUUACAAGUCCAACCAGACUUGGGAUGGAUGAGAAGAUUACAGCAAAUACUUGGUCGGAAACACCAACGUAACCUGCAUGCAAUAUAUGUUCUCCAUCCUACAUUUCACUUGAAGACUGCAAUUUUUGCUCUGCAAAUGUUCGUGGAUAAGGUGGUGUGGAAGAAAGUGGUAUAUGUUGAUAGGCUUCUGCAGCAAUUCAAAUAUGUUCCUCGCGAGCAGUUGACCAUCCCUGAUUUCGUGUUUCAGGCACGAUAUAGAAGUGAACGGUGGAAAGGGUCUUAUUGUAGACCCUCGAACGAAAUACAUAUAUCAUCGACCAUAGAACAUUUAAAUACACAGUUUCAGAGUUGAUGAAAGCCAGUAAUUCUUGGUUUGAUUUCCUCAUCACCUUGUAUUUGUAGGCAGGUAGUGGGUUGGUUGUGUUUGGUUUUUCAUGUAGAUAUGUUUCUUUUUUUUUCGUUUUAUUUUUUGAGCAAUGAUAUGUUUGUUAAUAAUAUAUAUUUCAUGGUGAUGUGAGCUUUUCUAUUUGAUUUCAACAUGUUGCACUACAUCCUGAGAAAGUGGACUCUUUCUUGGCAUGUUUUAAAGAGGGGAAGGGAUUGUCGGGGUUUUGAAUCUGUCGAUUAUGGACAUGGUCGACUUUAGACAGAUCAGAUUGUAAGUGUUGAGCUUUGAAUUCUAAUUUGUACUUCAUUUUUAAAUGAAUCAUUACCGUUCAAAUC